AUGGCCAAUGCUAACGUAAGGUACAGAUACGAGCCAACUCAGGCUGAUGUUGUCACUUUCAAGGCCUUCAAGAGCGAGCCAGAGGCUAGCAAAUACCAACACGUUGCCCGUUGGUACAAGCACAUUGCCUCCUUUGAGUCAGAGUUCGCUACUCUUCCAGGAGAUGCUUCCAAGGACUACACUGCCUAUGGCCCGGAGAACAGCGAGCUCCCAAUAAACACCAAGGAAGAGGCCCCAGCUGCUGAAGAUGAAGAUGAUAUCGACCUCUUCGACAGUGAAGACGAGGACCCAGAGGUUGUUGCUGAGCGAGAGCGUAACCUUGCUGCCUACAGAGCUAAGAAGGCCAGCAAGCCCAAGCCAGUUGCCAAGUCCAUCGUCACCCUUGACGUUAAGCCAUGGGAUGAUGAGACCAACUUGACCGAGCUUGAGGCUCACGUACGAUCCAUUGAGAAGGAUGGUCUCGUAUGGUCUGGCUCCAAGCUUGUCCCCGUUGGCUUCGGUAUCAAGAAGCUGCAGAUCAACCUUGUCAUUGAGGACGAGAAGAUCUCCCUCUCCGACUUGCAGGAGGAGAUUGAGGGCUUCGAGGACCAUGUCCAGUCCACCGAUGUUGCUGCCAUGCAAAAGCUUUAA